AUGCCGGGUUUUGUCCCUCGCAGCGUCGCGGGCACGAAACGGCCGCAUGCACACCGCUGCGCGCCGCAGCCGGUGCCUCCGAGUGCGAGCGUGGACCCUACAGUAGAGCAGAUCGAGGGCGCGGCGCCUUUGGCGGCGGUGCUUAUGAACUGGGUGUCGCCCUGGUGGUGUGCACAGCGAACGGAUCCGCUGGCGACCAUGGUCAACGACGCGGUGAAAGCAGGAACACCCAUACAUGCAGCGCGUAUUGUGGCAUGUGCAGGUGCGCACGCGCUUGGGUGCACGUCGGUGCACGACGUCGCCGCCGCACUCCGCCAUUUGGCGCCGCUCGGCGCGGUAGAGUGUCAAGUUGCGUUUCAUGCCCCUUGCCAGCCGAGCACUGUAUUUAUUGAAAAUGCUGUAGAGCACGCGAGCGAUGCACUAACGAUUGCAACGUCGCUCCUUGCCGUGUUGCAUAGCACACCGCGCCCGCACGGCGGACAACCACGCAUCUAUGCGGUAUACCCACCGUCUGAAUAUGGCACCGCACCUGCUGUGCCGCCUACGACGUGCAUGAAGCAUGCUUUUGUCGUGCUGGAUCCGGACGCAGCACAAACGCUGACCCGCUUCUGGGGAUGGGACACGCCGCGGGAUUGGCUCCCAAAGCAAGUCCCGGCCGCUGUGGCGCAUGCCGUGUAUCACCAUUUGCGCUGCCUCCCUAUUCACCGCUGGAAAAUUCUGGUCGACGAAUACAUUGCAUGGCACCGUGAUUUAGUGCUGCAGAAUACAGAGGCAGCCAAAGCGCGUGCUGCAAGGGCAAGUAUUUCCUUACAACUAUAUCCUCUGCAUACAAUUGUUGCCCUGGCGAUGGGCCCGCACGAAAGGACACAGGCCGCGUACAAAGCGGCGCUGGCGCGGCUGCUGCCGAACGGCGUGGAUUACGUGGAAAUGGAUGCCGGCCAAGCCUGUGUGUUUGUGCGCUGUGCGACGGGUGCAGCAGCUGCUCGUUUGGUCACCCUUACCUGGGGGUGA